AUGGAGGCCCAAGAUAUCCACGUUAAUCCGCGGAAACGGCGGCGCAGGAGAAGACAGGACAAGCCCGCGAUAUCUGCACACCUGCUGCUGGAUGAACGUAUGAGGGGAGAGGUCGGUGUCCUCUCCAAUGAUCUCUUCGCAGACCUCUUCCCUGCUUAUAGGCAGUCAUCCGGCCAUGGCAGCCCCGACGAGCCAUCUCUAGAUUCCGUCUUCCACAUUGCGAUAACCCCAUGGAUACCUACCACUUCCAUUGAUGUUGCCUCCUGGACGAUCGUUCCCGUCAAGCCAGCAGGCAGACAUGAGUCUGCCAACAGACCACAUUCCUCGCUUCAGUUCCCUGCUGCAUCACUCGCCUUGCAAUCCUUCGCCAGUAUACUCCAUGCAGUAGCGCCUUCUAAAGUCGUACAAAGACGAGACGUGCCCUUAGAGAUUAGGAUAUCGGAUGUAGUGCCUCUCGGCCUGGAUACUGUUUAUGUCAACUUGGAUACAAACGCCCUAAAAAAACUCGAUGAAGUUCAUACGGAAUUCGGCGGAGGCUUCGGGGUUGGUAAAACAAACGGACACGUUCGGGGUCCCAAAGGGAAACAAACACAAAUCAAUGGCACAAAGCUGGAAAGCCACGACGCAGCCGCUACGCAGGAGCGCGGGUGGAAGAAAGCAGUUAGGGAGGCUCUUCAGUCGCCCAGUAUAGUCCAUACGGGCGACCUAUUACCCCUUCCUAUACCCUCGCAUCCCAUCACACACGUGCCGCCACCACCGGUUAAAGUCACGGCAUGUGAACCGGUCUCACAAGGGCUGCUUCUACCGAGCACGAGAAUUAUAAUAAUCAAGUCACAAACACAUGCAAAACCUACAAGGGUAUUACCGCCAGUAGCUCCACCGGCUCUGGCCAACGGCAUCGCGGAAGAAGAUGAAGACACAUCGAACGAGAUGUUCUACUCUGCGGCGGAGGAAAACACCCUAUCCCAAGCUCCAUCUCCACCGUCUGAGGACGAGGCGGGCUCCGCGACUGAUAAUCUUGAAUCGGAACUUUCAGGUACAGAUGGUGGCGAUCUGUCUGAUGACUCUGAAGAUAUGAUCUCGCUGAGCGCGCCCCUGCUCCCUCCGCAGUCAACCGGCGCCUUGUCAUCAUUCACGUCCGCAACACCCCAACUCGGAGGCCUGCACGCUAACGGUAUAGCUACACCCGGAUCCGUGUUCUCCAGCUUCACCGCCACGACUAUACGUGGACCUGGGUCAAGAGGCAGAUCGUUCGAAGCUCACGGCCUCCUCAAGCGUAUUCCGGACGAGCUGAUACAUCCAAAGCCCGGCAGUGAUGACGACGAAGAGGCUCGGAUCUUCGUUGAGACCAGCGCUUUAGCUAAGAUUAGGUGCUUCUCUGGGGACUGGGUCAAGAUUGAAGCGUCUGCAGAACCACACCACCCGCUGGGGUCAUGGGGUUUAGGCGCCUUUGGGGACGAACAUGAAGAGCAGACUGAAUGGAGAGCUGUCAAGAUAUUUGGUCUGCCGGAAAAUCUUUCGAAAAAGCCGCCGCGGUACCCAGUGAACAGGAACAGUAACCGGCGCUUGAGCAUCUCACAAUUUGAUCAGCCUACUCUGGCUGCUCGAGUCUACCUUUCUCCACUGCUGUUAUCGAACCUUGGACAGCCAUCGCAUCUGCUCGUCAGCCCUCUGUCAGCGUUGUAUCCACCUGUCGGGCCGCGAACCGGUGCUCAGAAAAACAAGAUCACAAGCAACUCUUCUCCGCCAUACGCAAAAGAGGUCUCAUUACUGAAGCUUGCCACACCUUUGUCUUCAGAAAUCACUCUUCAACCAAGCUUGUUUGCCGCAUUGAAAGACCACUUUGAGCAGAAACGCCGAAUAGUGAAGAGCGGUGAUCUUGUCGGCAUCACUGUCGAUACGGCUCUGGGAAGAGCGGUAUUCCAGGGGUCAGAGGAUAACACGAAUGACGAACUGUUGGCACAGACGAAGCGCGAAGACGCGGAGACCAGCCGUUCGGAAAGCAGUAGAGAAUCACGAGGCGUUGUAUGGUUCAAGGUCGACCACGCUGCGGUAAGCGGGUCGAAAGAGCAACGCGAAGUUGAAGACCAAGAUGUCUGGGGGGGCGUAACCACCAUCGAUCCAGCGAUAUCCGUACUCAAGAUGGGUGCUACAGCACAAGGCAAAGUACCACCUGCAAUCAGCAGCUCUUGGCAAUACUACCUAGGGGUUAAGUCCCUGCCGAUGUCGAACAACGAUUCUCCAACCAAAGCGCCCGGCAUCGCGGAGCUGCCAAAGCCCUACGUAUCAUCCCUGAGACGUCGACUAAGAGAGCUUAUCUCUGCUGCUACCAGUCCACGAGCAAUACAUCUAGGCCUGCCUCCGCUUGCAAUUUUACUCACUUCGAGUCAACGGGGCAUUGGAAAAGCCACCACAGCCACUCGCGCAUGCGAGGACCUUGGCUUGCAUACCUUCACGAUAGACUCCUUCGACAUCGUCACCGAAGGUGGUGCCGGAGGCGGAGACAACAAAACCGAAGCAACUCUCGAAAUGAGGGCAGACAGAGCUUUCCACUGCGGAGCCGAGUACACAGCCCUCCUCAUCAAGCACAUCGAUGCACUCAAUGCCGACCGCAUGGUAGCUGCGUUGAAAAAGGUUCUAGCCGACUCGCGAGUCCUCAUCGCCACCACGAUCGAAGUCGACAAAGUCUCCGAAGGCAUCCGCGGCCUCUUCACCCACGAGCUCGAGCUCUCCGCCCCCGACGAAGCCGAGAGAGAAGGCAUCCUGCGCGGCAUCAUCGAAGACACCGGCAUCGGCCUCUCUCCCUCCGUGGACCUCAGCUCCGUUGCCGUGAAAACCGCCGCGCUCGUCGCCAGCGACCUAGUCGACGUGCUCGACCGCGCCCUCGUGGCCAAGCGCUCGCGUCUCGAAAACCUCGUCGAAACCUCUAAUGCCGCCCUUCGCCCCGCUCUCCCCAUCACCCUCAAAGACAUCCAACUAGCCGGCGGCCCCGCCAGCACCAGCCUCACGAAACCGGACCUCGACGCCGCCGUCGACGCGGCCCGCAAGAACUUCGCCGACGCAAUCGGCGCGCCCAAGAUCCCCAACGUCUCCUGGUCCGACGUCGGCGGGCUUACUCACGUCAAGGAUGCCGUGAUGGAGACGAUUCAGCUGCCGCUCUCGCGGCCGGAGCUGUUUGCCAAGGGCAUGAAGAAGCGCUCAGGCAUCCUCUUUUACGGUCCUCCGGGCACGGGCAAGACGCUGCUCGCCAAGGCCAUCGCGACGGAGUUCUCACUGAACUUCUUUUCCGUUAAGGGGCCCGAGCUGCUGAAUAUGUAUAUUGGCGAGUCGGAAGCUAAUGUGCGGCGCGUGUUUCAGCGGGCGCGGGAUGCGAGACCUUGUGUCGUGUUCUUCGAUGAGCUGGAUUCGGUGGCGCCGAAGAGGGGGAAUCAGGGCGAUAGUGGCGGCGUUAUGGACCGAAUCGUGUCGCAGCUGCUCGCGGAACUGGACGGUAUGAGCGAUGGUGGGGAGGGCGUGUUCGUCAUUGGUGCGACUAAUCGACCGGAUCUGCUGGAUCAGGCGCUGUUGCGGCCGGGACGGUUUGAUAAGAUGCUGUAUCUGGGCGUGAGCGAUACGCAUGAGAAGCAGCUUACGAUCCUAGAGGCGCUGACAAGAAAAUUCACACUGCACCCAUCCCUGGAAUUACGAAGGAUAGCAGAACAACUCCCCUUCACCUACACCGGCGCCGACCUCUACGCCCUCUGCUCCGACGCAAUGCUCAAAGCCAUAACCCGCACCGCCCACCGCGUCGACGCCAAAGUCGCCGCCCUCAACGCCUCCCCCGACCGGCCGCCAAACGCGCCGCCGAUCACCAUCGCGCACUUCUUCGACCACUUUGCUACGCCCGAGGACACGAGCGUUGAGGUCACGGAGGAAGACUUUGUCGCGGCGAGGAGGGAGCUGGUGCCGAGCGUUAGUGCUGAUGAGCUGGGGCAUUAUGAGCGGGUUCGGCGGACGUUUGAGGGGGUGGGGUCGGCGAAGGAGAAGGGGGGAAAGCUUGCUGCGGGUCAGUUGGCGGAUAGGGCGGCUAGGGAACUGGGAAGUAGCAGGGGCGGUGCGAAGUCCGGCAACAUCGGUCGAGGGAAGGGGAAGGGGAAGGGCAAGUCGGCGUCUCAUCAUGGCGACGAUGUCAGCGGGAACCAUCGGGUUCUUGAUGGAGUAGGGAAAGAGGAAGAUAGUGAGGAUGAGUAUGUGAUCAGGACGGAUCAUCUGAAGGCGAAUGGCUCCGCUACCGGCACGGAUGUAAGUAAAGGGCCAGGAAAGGGCAAGGGCAAGAGCGCGGCGGCGGAUAUUGAUGAUCGAGGAGGAGGAUUUGGAGACGCGGCCGAACGAGAUGAGGAGGAAUUGUAUUCAUAG